GGGAUGGGCUGGAGACGGACAGCUGCCGGUACCUGCUCGAGGCGCAUCAAGAGAAGACAGUCCCCAAAUGUCCUCGUCUCCCACGCUCCAUGUGCUGUCCUCUGCCGCGGAAAAUCCUAUAGCCAGCCGUGAUCGUCAUUGGCGAUUCCCAUGCAGGACUUUCUUUAGCCUAGCGUCGACGCUUGGAACACUCACGACACCGAAGCUGGUCCGCGGCGGCAUUGAACCUGAAGCUGGAUACGUCUGCGCUCCCCGGCCCUGAUAGUAUGCCCGCGGACUGACAAAGUCGCGCGUGCUAGCUGGCUCUUGCUCCAACAGACACAGAGGCAGACGGGCCUUUCUAUGCCAACCCAGCCGCAAUCAAUAUUUACUGGAACAACACCGACAUCGACGAGUCCUGACCACCGCCGACUCAGCACGCCCGAAUAUCACGAGGCCCUGAACCCACCGCCAGAGGGCUCGCAACCUCCCACGUUCCCCGAGCAGCCCUCCAGCGCACUGUUCCCGCCACCUGAGCGCCCAUGGUCGCUGAAGAACCCGCUUGACAUCCUCACGACGACCCCACGGCCCUCCUCUGCGCUCUUGUCUAGUGGGGAGGCAUUCAAGGCACCGCAGCCCGUAACAACGCCGCCGCCCGCAGUCGCCGGCACCAAGCGAUCAGCACCACGCACGCGUGACGACGCGCCUGCCACCGAACCUCUGCGCAAACGUCGACGCCUGCAUACCCGCACGCGCCAUUCUCUCGACCUCUUCAACCGGGCCAGUAGUCGACCGCUCCGGUACGACGGACAGCCACCAUCACCGCUGUUCUUCUCGUCCAAGCGCGCUCGACCACACCUGCCUGCGCGGUUCUCUAGCUCGGAGGCUGCCGCGAGGAUGCUGAGCAAGACCCGGGACGAGGAUGGCGGCAUCAAGACAGUGACAUUGGCUCGGGGCACCUUCAGCGGAUUGAGUCCACCUGGGACGACGAGCAUAAUGAGUGGGAGGAGCUCUGAGCGGUCGAGUAUACCACGCACAUCAUCAUCAGAUGCGCGUGAACGGAGUGAUGCUCUCAAGCUCCUGGGCUCUGUCGGCGUGGUUGAAUUGCUGGAAAACGACACAAGGCCUACUUUUAUGGUGGAUAUUGGCGACUACGCCAACUAUGCACCCGAAUCAUUUACUUUACAAAUCCUCUUUGCCAACAAUGCCUUGCGUUCGAAUGCAUCGAUAUGGGAAACAGUUGCUGGGAAGCCGCCCGAACAAUCCACAGACCAAGCAUCGUCACAUGCAACCAACCAGUUCCGUGGCUGGCUAUUGAGCACUGCGACUCGAGGAGACGAGUGGGACGCAAACCCUACUCCCGUUGAGCAUGGCGGCAUAGUAUGGUCAUGCUUUACAUUGAGGAAGCGUUUACGAAUAGUCUCUGGAGCAACCCCACCUAUGACCACAGCUGAAGUCCCAUCUACGAGCGCAUCGAUUGAGUUCGCAAUCCCCUCAGUGUCAUCAGUCGGGCGUCUGUCAGGUCGAAUAUUAGACACUACAUCAUCAUCGAAUUCGACUGGUGAGCCACAGGAUUACUUUGGCCCACCAGCAACCGAAGUAAACGAAGAACCGAACGCGCUGAAUACCAUGACGCACAAUCACAUGAACAACACAAUUACCGAUACUUCCAGUACUAGUAGUGGGCCAAGGUCACAGCCCAACCAUCUAACAUUACCUUCAAUAGAGGAUGCAUCCUUCACAAAUGAGUGCGUUCUUAGGGCUCACAGUGCAGGUGACGUUGAUUCUUUCCGUAAUGUACCGAAAGCACCCCAGCACCACGACAUGGGCUUCUUCGACUGGACAAGACUUUCGCUGUCACCCUCCCUCCCGAGACACAUUCAGUUCGCACGCGCUGUGGACUGGGCAUCGACACCGCUAGGGCCCAUCGAGUACUGGUCAAACGAUCUCCGAGCUAUGUGCAACUUGAUCAUGGCGAGUCCUCACCCAGCUGCUAUGUACUGGGGAGAUGAGCUAGUCGCUAUCUACAACGAGGCUUAUAUCGGACUCGCUGGUCAAAAGCACCCAACUUUGAUGGGGCAGAGCUACAAGGUUGCUUGGGCAGAGAUCUGGGAUGAAGUUAAGGACGUCUUUACCAAUGCUCGCCUGACCGGCCAAGCUACAAUGAAGGACGAUGACUGUUUGUUUAUGAAACGGAGCGGGUUUCUUGAGGAGACCUAUUUCUCGUGGUCGAUUAUCCCUAUGGUUGGAGAGGACGGCACCGUAAUGGGACUGUACAACCCAGCUUUUGAAAAGACUAGGAGGAAGAUUGCUGAACGGCGAAUGCUCACCCUUCGCGAGGUCGGCGAACGGACAGCGACAGCGAGAGACAUCAAAGGGUUCUGGGACCAGGUUCUGAUUGCAUUGACCGAGAACGAAUUCGACACACCCUUCCUCAUGUUAUACUCGGUCUCCGACGAAAGCGACAGCGACUCAUCUUCCCUGCAUUCUAGCAGUCUGUUGGGUGCCAAGCACUGUUUCCUAGAAGGAUCUCUGGGAGUGCCAAGCGGUCAUCAGGCUGCCCCUGAGCAGAUCGAUCUAAAGGAAGGUCACGAAGGCUUUGGACCCGUCUUCCGCGAGGUCAUGAAAACCGAUAAACCUGCCGUCAUCAGCAUUGGAUCCGGCGACCUACCAUCCUCCAUGAUGGAUGGUCUUGAAUGGCGAGGCUUCGGCGACGCCUGCCGCGAUGUGGUAGUAUGCCCUAUACAUCCUACUACAGGCGAAACGAUUCUCGGUUUCUUGGUCAUGGGUGUCAACCCACGCAGGCCCUACGACGAUGACUACAACCUCUUCGUUCAGUUGCUGAGCCGACAACUCGCGACGUCUCUGGCUUCAGUCGUUCUAUUUGAAGAGGAAAUCCGAAGAGGUCAAAAAGCUGCGAAGUUGGCAGCAGAGGAUCGGUACAACCUAUCCACGCAACUCGCAGCACGCACACAAGAAGCUCGAGAGAACGAGCUCAGAUUCACACGAAUGGCGGAAUACUCACCUGCAGGUCUGUUCAUCGCCGACCACGCAGGACGAAUCACCUACUGUAACGACACAUGGUUCGAGAUUUCCCGGGUACCCAAAGAAAGAAACAAAACGGAUAGAUGGAUAGAUUACGUGAAGGAAGAGGAUCAAAAGCUCAUACAGGAACACUGGAAACGCCUUGUCGAGAACACUGCACCGAUCAACGUCGAAUUCAGGUUCAAAGCACCGUGGGAAGACCGCAAUGCCAAGGCAACAAGUGAUACGUGGGUACUCUUCAGCGCCUUCCCGGAGAAAGAUGAAAGUGGGCAGCUCAAGAGCGUGUUCGGAAGUAUCACGAACAUCAGUCCCCAGAAGUGGGCCGAAGGCUUUCAGAAACGAAAGAUGGAAGAGGCUGUUGAGCUCAAGAGGCAGCAAGAGAAUUUCAUCGACAUCACAAGUCACGAAAUGCGAAAUCCGCUUAGCGCCAUCCUGCAAUGCGCCGACGAAAUUUCGACAAUCCUUGGCAACUUCAGGCAAUCUGGUCUGCAAACAAUCGAACCUGGAAUCGUUGCCGACGCGAUCGAUGCAGCACAGACUAUUGCUCUAUGCGCACAGCACCAGAAGAGGAUUGUCGAUGAUGUCUUGACACUCUCGAAGCUUGAUAGUGCAAUGUUAAUGGUUACCCCAGUGGAUGCACAGCCGCUGCAGGUCAUUCAGCGUGCACUCAAGAUGUUCGAAGGCGAAGUACAGACAGCUGGCAUACAGAUGGAAUUCGUCCUUGGCGAGUCUUUCAAGAAGCUGAACAUCGAUUGGGUCAAGAUUGACCCGUCCCGUGUGCUUCAGGUUCUCAUCAACUUGACCACCAACGCAAUCAAAUUCACAUCCACAGAGGAGACCCGGACUAUUACCGUCGUUCUUUCCGCAUCCACUACUCGUCCAUCAGCAAGUGAAUCACCAGCUGUCAGCUACUUCCCAAUGAAGUCAAAACGCAUCGAUCAAACACUCGGCCCAGACUGGGGCGAUGGCGAAGAGAUCUUCCUCGAGUUUCUCGUCCAGGACACUGGCCGAGGCCUUUCCGCAGAGGAACUCAAACUCCUCUUCCAGCGCUUCUCCCAAGCAAGCCCACGCACACACGUGCAAUAUGGAGGCUCUGGUCUCGGCCUGUUUAUCUCUCGCGAACUGACAGAACUGCAAGGUGGCGAGAUUGGUGUCUCGUCAGAAGCUGGCAAGGGCAGCACGUUUGCCUUCUACGUCAAGGGUCACAGAAGCUCAGAACCGAAGGAGGCCAUUGAUAGCGUUCCUGCCGCAGUGACAUUAUCUAGGAAAGGGUCGAACGCGAGAGAGAAGAGACGGCCCGAACCACCGAAAAUCAAAGACUUCGCUGCUCAAGCGCCGGCGAACAAAGAGUCAGAAAAGUCAAAACUACCUUACGCUCACCUCCGCGUUCUGAUCGUUGAAGACAACCUUGUCAACCAAAAAGUCCUCCAACGCCAACUCCAAAACCGCGGCAUAACAACAACCGUCGCCAACCACGGCGGCGAAGCCAUAACCCUCCUCUCAUCCUCCUCCUACCACUCUUCCUCCGGCCCCAGCGCGCCCGACCUCGGCGUCGUCCUGAUGGACAAAGAGAUGCCCGUAAUGGACGGGCUAGCCUGCACCUCCAAGAUCCGGGAUAUGGAGCGCAAAGGCGAGCUGAGACGACACGUGCCGAUCAUUGCGGUCACGGCGAAUGCACGCAGUGAGCAGAUUGCCACACUGCUCGCGGCAGGCAUGGAUGAUGUGGUGUCCAAGCCGUUCAGGAUCGGGGAGCUGGUGCCCAAGAUUGAGGAGUUGAGUGCGAAGUAUUGUGAGAAGAGUGAGAGGAAGGUAAUGCAGGAGAAGGCAUUACAGACGAAGGAUAGUGGGAUGAGCUUUACGGUACCUGGCCAGCUUGGAAGAUAAGAUGGCGGGGCCUGGUUCGAAGCCGGUUAACGGACAUGAGGUUUCUGUUUUGUGUUUUGGUGGGCAUUUGAUGCUUCACGCAAGGUGUUCUGGCGUCUAGCAUACAGGGCAUAAGAGGAAGCUUCGGGUCAUUUUUGUCUAUGAGCAUUUCGAAAUGAAUGGAUAGGAAAAGGAAGGGUGGGUAUUGGUAUGGUUUCGGUGCAUGUUGAGGAAAUACCCUAUAGUCACGCGACGUGCUUCUAAGGCGGAUGCGAACUACUAGUAAUGUAUUGUAACGUGAAACAUUAUCGAUUGGGCAUAGUAACAAAC